CCACGCUCAAUGAAUGAAAUACGUACGUACGCACAAAUACACACAAUACAGAGGUACGUAGGACACAACGAUCAACGGCUGGCUACUCAGUCAGUCACAUCACACUGCCAGCGGCCUUGAGAUAGUCUCGCCAAGCCUCCAGCACAAUCGCGCUCGUAUCGACAGGACCGGGGUGGUGCGACGAUGCCAGUCGAUGAAUCGCAAUAGCGAAUGGCACCGACAGCACAUCCGCCUGGAUGCUCGCCACAGCAACCAGCGACUGCGACAGCUCUCGGUCCACUGCUGACGCGUCAAGGUACUCGUGCACAGAACCCCACAGCCCACACCGCCGGCUCAACGGGAGGCUUCGCAUCAGCAGCCGACAAGUCGCAUGGUCGUUGAGGACCAAUCUGCAGAAAAGUGGCAGACAGACCCAAGGGAAGUGGAGGCAGGUGGUCGUGAUGCAUCCUGUGCGCCUCCUUUGUUGGUGUACCUUCUUGCUUCGAGCGGCAUGCAGGCUCGUGUGAAGCUAAGCACCAGCUUUGCGAGCAUCUCAUCGCACAACGACACCUGAAGACAGACACCGACAGACAACACACUCGUGUCUGCUGCAGGCAACCCUGACUCAGCUGGUCUUCCAUUCACUGACCUCGUUGAAGACCCCCAGCACCUUCUCGCACAAGUCAGCCACGCUCUUGCUGUCGGAUCCCGGCAAGUCAGCCUCACGCCCCCCAGCCACACCCUCUUCGCCGUCACAGCCGCCCUCUUCCGAUGGCUCGUCAGCCUGCCGGCCGCACGUUGCACACAGCGAUGUGACGACAGUGUCCCAUGCCCGCCUCGCCCUCAGCGCAUCGGCUUGCUCGGCCGGCCACAGACGUUUCUCAAUGCGGCAGAUGCUCGACGCCCAGCCGUGUACUCGCUCGUCAGCCAAGAAUGAUGCAGAGCCCUCAGCGCCUCCCUCUGUCGACGCCCGGCACACGUAGAAGCCGCAUAGCGACGCGAGCAGCUCCACACGCAGCACAUAAGGCCGGAGGGGCAGGAGGACCGCCUCAGAGAUUAGACCUGACUCCAUUAUUGCAGCGAGACAGUCCAGAGAGGGGACACAGCCAGCGAGAGCAAUGAAUGAGAACAUGCCGGUGACGCCGUCGAAGGCCGCUGCUGUGGACAAGGACGAAGCUGCGCCACCCGCACACACGGCCGGGAGGUGCAGCAAGGCCCCAGGCUGCUGCACGAGGAGCUGACAGCAGCUCGUUAUGGUGGACAUCGAGCUGCUGGUGGCGAGAGCCGCUGCUGCAGCCGAUCGAAUCACGUCCAUGCUGGCUGAGUUUGAGGAGGGGUCGGAUGAACGCUGCCGCAUUGCCGUCAGCAGGAACUGUCCACAUGUGAGGAGCAGCGUCGCCAGCACCUCGGCGGGGGCGCAGACGAGUGGCACCUUUAGAGACAAGACGCCACACGAGGCCUCCUCCCAGAAACCCGCCUUGACGAGGACACGGCGCCUCCGCGACAUCACCUGGGCGACCUGCACCAGGCAUUUGACGGCAUCCUUCAGCCGCAUCUUCUCAGCCACGUUAUCCAGAUCCGCCACGCAGGCCAAACCGAUGGCUGUGAGGAUCUCCUGCCUCUGACCGGCGCCUCCGUUGGUCACAGGGAAGGUGUGGACCAUGUCGAUGGCUCGGAUGCAUUCGCACAGAAAGGCCAGUCGCAGCAUGAGGUGCUCGCCGGCAGACAGAGGGCCCGAUGAGGCAACCAGAUGGGGGAAGGGAAAUGCGGGAGUCAGCCACCCUCCUUCAGUAGCCACGCCGAUCAGCUCCUCAGCCAGUACAUCCGCACGCGUGCUGUUGAUCCACGUCAUGUCGAGCAUGCUACUCUCCAUCAGACGAGCGACGAUCUCCCUCGCGGAGCAGGCCACCCUGGCUGACAGCUCCUGCUGGUCGCUCUGCAGCCACUGCACCUCCAGAGCUGUCAAGCCGUCGGUGUCAGCACCACUGGGGGCCUGAGCGGUGGCCAUAGUGCGGGAGACAGCGACGCUCUGACAGAAGAAGCGAAGGGCUUCCGUGAGGAUGUGGAUCACUGGUGUUGUCAGGGGCAGCGGGUACAGCUUGGAUAUGACCCUGACAGCCGCGCUGACGGGACGGAGAAUGGCUGUGGCCUGACAGGAGGAGACCAGAGAGCGCAUCGAAUGACGUCUGUAGGAGCGAGUGAUAUGAGUGAUAUCAGUGGAUUCGUACCUUAAGGCCGACCUCUUCAGUUCCCACAAGAGAGGCCGCAAAACGGAACACCUGGGCAGCAACAGCUCCCUCACGAGCAAGCAACCCUUCGGAAGAAUUGCUGCCCGCAGCCAUUUCCAUUUGUCCAAUGGUCCGCGUCAGGAAUGCGUCGAGGAUGGGGAAGAAAGCGUCGAAGUCCUCAACGAAGAAGCCCGACCGACCCAUGAAGCUCCACAGACGGAGGGCCUCGCACGCAGCCGAUAUCUCGGCCGCCGAAUGCGCAGAGUCGUGCUGCGCUGUGCCGGAUGGGACAUCGAGCACCUGGAGGGCAGACUGGCGGAGCAGGGGCAUGAUGUUCCCUCCUUCACGCAACCAUUUGUCAGCGGCUGACUUGUCUCCCACCUGCACGAAUGCACAAGACGACAAUAGACGUCGAUUCCCUCGGUCCCUGCUACUCUCGACUUACUUGCAGGGACGCGCGAAUGAGAACCAAGGUGUCCGCACGGAGCCUCUGGACCCCUUCUCUCCACUUUUGCGCAGCACUCUUGUCGCCCUCCGUCUUCCUUGACCAGGAAUGCGCCUGCCGCUUCGCCCACUCAUCCCUCCCCUCGGUCAAGGACGCCACCAGAUGCACAACGCACUUCCACAGCCGCUGAUGGCCGAGCACCUGCUGCACGUACUCGGGCGUCCGAUGACACACCGCCGUCAUGACACGGACACAGCUGGACUCCACUGUGGGCAUUGACCCGUCGCUGAUGGACGCCAUGAGUGACGCAAGCUGGUCCAGCAGCCCUGCACGAUCCACCAGGCCGUUGAUGAGGUCAUCGGCCAAGACGUCUCCAUGAGUGGCGUCGGGGUCCUCGCUAAGACGGGACACAUAGGACGACUCAGGUGGCCGGUCGGCGAGCUCUCCUGUGCUGAUAAGACCACCGAUCGCCUCCUGAAACAACUCCGGACCACACCUGCGCCGUCGUGCCUCGGGCCAGUCACGGCAGGCAUCAAAGCCAAGCUCCUCAUACGUGUCAAAUGCAUGCAUCCCUUGCCAGCUGAUGGGCAGCUGGGCCAUGUCCGAGCCGCUGAGGGGAAUGAGCGAGUCGGGGUCUUCGGGGGUCUCCUGGGGACGGCCGAGAAGAGCGGCGAGCGCUUCGAUGGCGAGAGCUUUAAUGGGCAGGAUCUGCUGGCUGAGGAGGCUGGAAAGCUUCCAGGGGAUGCAGAGGGUCUCAACCACAUACCUGCACGAUGCCACAGGCAACCAAAUGAGUCGAUCUCUCAUGCUCUCCUUCAGCUGCAAACUGCUGUGGCGUGCGUUAGUUACCUCAUCCAUCGGUUCCACCCAAACCCGAAUCCACAGGCCCACUCAGCAUCAGCGGCCAUCCCGUCCUGUGUGCCCGAUGGAUGCACAGGAACCCUCUUCCUUGCGUUGCCCAGCACAGCAGCCAGCGUCUGAAGCGCCACUCUCCGCUGCGACGAUGCCGCACUGCGCGCCAGGUGCAGCAACUCAUUGAGCGUGUAGCCGGGCAGACUCGGAUCCUCCCCGUGGUGAUGCAGACCGCGAUAGUAGAAGAGCGGAUCGCUGCUCUCGUCCCGAUGCUGCCCGUCGUCGGUUCGCCUCAAGUCGGUGCACAGCUGUCCCUUGAAGUCGAACCGAAGAUGGUGGAGCUUUAAUACUGCCGUGGCCGCCUUGCCCUCUCCCGCGCUCUCUUCCGCCUCCUCGGUGAGGGGGAAGUUCUCCUCGGGUGCGGGCGGGUUGGUCCACUCGAGUCGAGCGACGUCAGAGGGCGUCAGGUGCCCCAAGCCAAAUGUGCCACCAGAGAUGUCGAACUUAACGAAUGGCUCCGCCGCCGCACGAGCCGGCUCGGACGCAGGGCUUGGCACAUCCGCCUGUCGUCUCUCCGCUGGUGCCGGCUGUCGGUCUUCAGUGCUGCCGGCAGCCCCUCUGUUUCUCAGGGCCUCAUACGCCGACUGAGGGAGCAUCUUCCGCAGCGACUCCUGCGCCUCCCGUAUCUCGUCUGCGGACAUCUGCUCGAGUGCCCUCAGGUUGUCCCGCUCCAUCUGCCGCGCAAACUCCUCCCCCUCGGCCUCGACGACGCCGCGAGACAGCCGCGGAGGGACUGGCUUGGGUGGUGGUGGUGGCGGCCCUGGCUGGGCCUUCGGCUUCGCGGCCAAUGAGCGGUGCACCGGCUUGGGGAAGCCACUCUCCUGCAACAUCAAACAGAAAGUGGCACUGUCUGUCUGUCUGUCUGUCUGUGGUUCCAUCUCUCGCUCACCGGUAUGUCGGGUAUGAAUGGCUUCGGUGCCUCCGAUGCAACAGCCUCGUCGCCAGGAGUCGGGAAAUGCUCCACGAUGGUGUCCCGAAUGACGGCCGACAUGUCCUCACCAUCGUUUGUUUCCUCGAGGCCUCGCAACUCAGGCUCCCUCUCGAUGACCGCCCCCCUCUGCCUCUGAUCCUCCCUCUCCUUCAUCUUGCGCUCCCGGAACAGCGAGAUCUUCUUGCCGCCUGUCCGCUCCAUGUGAGCUGAUGGCUCACGCCGCUGCUGCAUGAAGGUCUGCUGCUGCCGAAGCAGCUCAUCAAAGGACGAAUCAUCAUCGCCGCGACGCGGCUCUUCGCGAAGACCUUUCAUCGGAUGCAUGUGGCAAGGCAAUUCCGACGUCCUCAAGGUCCUCACAGCCAGUCAAUUCGCACGUCAAUCAGCGCACACAAUGUGCAAGCUUCGA